AUUUGUUUCUGUCUCUGUGAAUUUUGCCCAUCAUCUACAAUCUUUAUGUGAAACACGAAUACGCGUCCUUCCCUUUUCUGUGCCUUCUAAAGAGAUAAAAACACGAGGCAGCUAGUAAUAGGAUCGCCCCUGAAACCCCUCUAAAAAAACUUCAAAAAACGCCAACAAUGUGACCUGCACAGUAACCAAGCUACAGCGCCAUUGUUAUUGUAGGCACUAACACCAAAGAACUACUUUUCUGGUGUAGUGACACAGAGCCUUGCUCACAGCGCCCCACCCACUACCGAGAGGUAGCGUAAGCUAAAGGAGUUGCUGCAUGGCCCGUGAGAUUGAAUUGAAUUUCCCAGCUCAGUGGGGGACACAAGUCUUGUGCUGAGAGAUACGGCCCCCCCAUCAGUCAUGCUGGCAUCCCAGUGAGAGUGGUCAUCAGACGUCCCGUGCCAACCUUGAAAAAGCCAUUCAUGCCUUCAUCAGUUCCAGGAUCGACUACUGCAACGCCCUCUAGAUUGGACUAAAUCAAUCCUGGUACUGGUGUCCAACACCCCACAACAUGCCCAUAUGACCCCCAAUCUCUUCUCUCCACGCUGACUGCCCUUUGGGUUCAGGGUGGAUUUGAAGGUGUUUGUUUGCGUCUUCCAAGUAUUCCAUGUUAUGAUGAAUGUACCUGAUACUACACGCUCACUGCAUGGAUCGAAAACCAGAAAACCUUGUUGGAGCUUUUCGGAGGUGUUUUCAUAGCGGCCUUUCUUGGCAGAAUAGGUGUGUCCCAAUACAUGCAUUAGUUAGCUGUCUCUUUUUAGGUGUUUUUAUAUCUUUAGAACUGACAGAAAAGAGAAAGACAUCUGGUCAUGCCUCACAUAAGGAUUGUGGAUGAUAGGCAAAAUGAAAAAACAUGUGCAGUUUCCCUUGAAAGGAUAGAUGGUUGGACAGAUAUUCACCUGCCUGACCAGCAUGUACCCUCGCUGGUUGUCUUCAAACCUUUGAGCCACAGUCACCCCCAGCACCAGGAUGUGGAUCCCGCAGGCAAGAGCUGACAGCAGAACAAGGGCAGCCAGGUUGAGUGGUAGCAUCAGGAAGGUAGAGAAACUAAAAAAGGCCUGCCAGCCCACCGAGUCACUGGCAUGGGGGAAGCGCUCGUAGUUGAGUCCAGAGUAGCACAAGACAUGGACAGUAACCAUCAACCACAGGAUGUAGGGGAUGGCGCCACGCGACACCGCCGACUCGGGCAGCUUCUGCAGCCGGUACAGCUCGUGGAAGACGAGGUCGGCGGCCAAGCCCACCGCGGCCACCAACACCAUGGCCUUUUUGUCCUCGGUGUAAACCACCGCGCACAUGAUGAUGACGAAGCUAUUGAAAAGACCGGCAAACAUCAUCAGCGCCAGCAUGUUCUCCUGUCUCUGCCGACGGAAGUAACUCUGAUAAAGCCCCUCCAAGGAGUCGGGGGUGAAGGUGGGACAAAUGGCGCUUAGAAAGCCACAUCCGCGCUGGAGCGUCACCACGUCACGGGUACCAGCUACAUCACCUGGGUCCUGACACGGGUAUACCAUAGGGUACCCCGUAGGCUGCUCUGUGUCUAUGUGAAAAACCCGGUUGGACAUUUUGACUGGGAUUCCAGUUCUUUUCCUUUGCUUAAUACUGAAAAUCACUGGGGGAGCACUACAGCACUCAUGAACUGCUGCCUCUGGUUCUCAAGGCAUCAUCAAGGCAUCUCAAGUUCCUCCCACAGUCAAAGAUCACGUCUGUACGGCUCACUGAAGACUCUAGGUUGCUCAUAGGUGUCGUACCUCCAUGUAUCAGUCCUAUGAUCAGUUCGAUUCCUGCCCCAAAUCAGACAGGAUACAUUCCAGCCACCCUGAGAUGGAUGGAUGGCCCUCAAGGCCAAAAGUGUUUAGGAAGUGGCCAUAUGUCCAGUGUUGGAUCCAUCCAAGCUCCAGCAACCCUUACCUUUGGAGAACAAGCAUUCUCAGGGAAUCUCCAGGAAAUACAAAUCCCUCCUGCAACUGGAAUCCAAAAAGUUGCACCAUGCUAGUCCACAGCAUUUCCUCUUUCAGUUUGCAGAUUAUAAAAGCGUGUAGAUUUUCAAGACUCUGCAUCUUUCAAAAACAAGGUGCCAUGCCCAAAAACACUUGCUGUCCUUCUGGCGUUAUUCCAUCUUUCUGUCUACCACACCUCCUCCCUCCCUCCUCGCUGGCAGCAAGCUCUGUUACUGUUGCUACCAUGAAACCAAAGUAACCGCCGUGCCUUGGGAGAUGUGACGCACGCGAUGGAGCCAAGAGGCAACACUUGUCAAGAGCUUAAACAACCGAUUCUCUGCAGUCUCGAAGGGGAAGUCUAAUCGGUUUGAAUCUCACCGCUGAUGGAUGCGUGUUUUAUUGUUGCCUGUCCUCAGAACCUCCAUGGUCCGCCAUGGUGCCCCCCCAGAACCCCUGUCCCAACAGGUGCUACACCUGCUACUGCUGCAGUGACCGUCUCCAUGGCGAUUCCUAAAUUAGACCCAAUACUUUAUAGACUCCUCGGCUGGCGCAUCCUCAAGGACAGGAACGAUGAAAUGAAUGAUACAUCACAGCGCACCUUAGCUCCCGUGCAAGUAACGCUCCCUGCUGGCUGUGAGAAGCAUGACAUCAAAGCACUCUGGCUAGACUUGUGUAAGUGCUAUGAUCUUCCAACAUUCCAAGUUACAUAAACAUUGUUUUUAUGUGUUGUAUAACAACUCCAACAUUAGAAAAUAAAACCAAAUGACAUCACAUUUUGUUACAUUUAAAUCAAAUGGGAAAUCCUAGUUUAUGUAAGGUAAUUGUAAAAUAGUUCAAUAAAAGCUCUCCUCCAUGACUGUCGUUUGCUGGCGUCUAUCGUUCCAACGCGUUCAAUGCAAAUAAAUAAAUAAUAAAGAAAAAACAAAAGUAAAAAUUGAAAAAAUCAAGAAAAAUAAAAAAGAAUUUAAAAUGAAAAAUUAAAAAAACAGAAAAAUCACGAAGAUUUUAAACAUAAAUAAUAGAAUCUACUCAUAAGUGUGAUUUCCCUUGCAAGAAAUUUAGGAAAGAGGAGGUGUACUUGCCGGUAAGCGGCAGUAGGAAGCCAAGCUUGACAACCGUAAUGGAACGCAGCCGCCUCUGGUCAGCUGACACAAGUUACUUCCGCGUUUCAAAAAAUAAGAACAGUAGAGAUUCUAAAGUGUAGAGAUCGUUAAGGAGACAGACGAGGAAAAAUCGGACGCAUCGUUUGGACUUGCUCUUUUCUAGUUUGCCGGAACGCCGGGAUGCUUUCGACUGUGCUCGUGUUUGUAUCUACUCUCAUGGCCGCCGCCGUCGCCCUGGACAACGGCUUGAUGAGGACCCCUCCGAUGGGCUGGUUGGCGUGGGAACGGUUCCGCUGCGAUAUCGACUGUGAACACGACCCGAAGAACUGCAUUAGUGAGAACUUGUUCACCGACAUGGCCGACAGAUUGUCAGAGGAUGGCUGGAGAGAGCUGGGCUACGUCUACGUCAACAUCGACGACUGCUGGGCGUCCAUGCAGAGGGACCAACAUGGACGGCUCCAGCCCGACCCAAAGAGGUUCCCUGGUGGCAUCCGCCGGCUGUCCCGCUACAUGCACAACCGGGGGCUAAAGCUGGGCAUCUACGGGGACAUGGGCACGCACACUUGUGGGGGCUACCCUGGCACGCCGUUGAGCAAGAUCGAGAUUGAUGCCCAGACCUUCUCCGACUGGGAGGUGGACAUGUUGAAGUUUGACGGCUGCUAUUCCAAUGCCACGGAGCAAGCGCAAGGUUACCCUCAAAUGUCCAAGGCUUUAAACGCAACAGGUCGUCCCAUUGCCUACUCCUGCAGCUGGCCCGCCUACCAAGGUGGUCUGCCACCUAAGGUGAAUUACAGUCAGUUGGCAGAGAUCUGCAACCUGUGGCGUAACUACGGUGACAUCCAAGACUCGUGGGACAGUGUCCUGAACAUCGUGGAUUGGUUUUUCGACAACCAGGAGGUCCUGAUUGCUGUGGCCGGGCCCGGAAGAUGGAACGACCCGGACAUGCUGAUCAUUGGGGACUUUGGCCUCAGCAUGGAUCAGUCCCGUACACAGAUGGCUCUCUGGGCCAUCAUGGCCGCUCCCCUCUUCAUGUCCAACGACCUGCGCACCAUCAGCGGGGGGGCUCGCAGCAUCCUGCAGAACAAAAUGGCCGUCAGAAUCAACCAGGACCCUCUGGGCCUUCAGGGGAGACGCAUACUUAAGGAGGAGAGCGGCAUCGAGGUGUUUUGGCGCCCGUUGUCCAACGACGCCAGCGCCUUGGUGUUCUUCAGUCGGCGCACGGACAUGCCGUACCGCUACCGGACAUCCCUCAGCAAACUCAACUACACCGCAGGCAGCUACGAGGUGCACGAUGUCUUCUCCGAAAGGAGCGUGACCCUGAAAGACUCCACCGGCUUCGUGGUGUCGGUGAACCCCACGGGCGUGGUCAUGUGGUACGUCUCCGCCCCCGUCAAACCCAACCGCCUCCAGGAAUUUUUUAAAGACGCUCGACUCAGAGGAGCCGCCCGAGGCGACCUCGCCAACGUAAUCCCGCCUGUUUUCCUCUAACUGCCUCAUGAUGAUGACACUCGAAUGACCUGAAUCCACUUGGAUGACUCUUUGAGUCGCUGUUAACUCAGGGUUGGGUUUUUUGGAAAUGAUGCAACACCAUGCAGCGAUUCUGCUUCAAAUUGUGCACAUGUUGACUUUGAAAUGUUUUCCUUUUUUUCAUCUGCUGAUCGCCCAUGUAGGGACAUUUGUUAUGGCGUUUUCUAAAAAUCUUUUUUUCUACUUUGAUCUUUUGUGAAGCUCUGACAUUUGACUUGUUUUGUAUUUGAGAGAAUUAGCGUAAAAUGCUGUACUUCUAGCCAGAGGCAUUUAAGGAGGCCUUCAUUGGAAGCAGGCAAUAAUAAUAAUAAUAAUCGUAAUGUGUCAACUCCCUAUGCAACUUAUUUGUAUGACUUGAAUCAUGAAUAAAAAAAGG